AUGAUUGUGUACCAAUGGGAUGAUGACUGGUACGGUUGUGGAGAUGGAGAAGAUGAUGGAGUAAUUUUGUACCGAUGUGAUGAUGACUGGUGCGGUUGUGGAGAUGGAGAAGGUGAUGAAGUGAUUGUGUACCGAUGGGAUGACGACUGGUACGGUUGUGGAGAUGGAGAAGGUGAUGGAGUGAUUGUGUACCGAUGGGAUACGACUGGUGCGGUUGUGGAGAUGGAGUGA